AUGGCACUGAGGGCCUCAGUGACGGGCCAGGUGGCACUGAGGGCCCCAGUGACGGGCCAGGUGGCACUGAGGGCCCCAGUGACGGGCCAGGUGGCACUGAGGGCCCCAGUGACGGGCCAGGUGGCACUGAGGGCCCCAGUGACGGGCCAGGUGGCACUGAGGGCCCCAGUAACGAGCCGGGUGGCACUGAGGGCCCCAGUGACGGGCCAGGUGGCACUGAGGGCCAGUGACGGGCCAGGUGGCACCCAGGGCCCCAGUGACGGGCCAGGUGGCACUCAGGGCCCCGGUGACUGGUCAGGUGGCACUCAGGGCCCCAGUGAUGGACCAGGUGGCACUCAGGGCCCCAGUGACUGGUCAGGUGGCACUCAGGGCCCCAGUGACGGACCAGGUGGCACUCUGGGCCCCGGUGGCGGGCCAGGAGGCACUCAGGGCCAGUGA